CAUCGCUUGCCGUCGCAGCCUCACGGCUCUCGGGUUCCGGAGAGAGGGAGCGAGUGGAGGCGAAGAAAAGCCAGACGCGGUAGAGAAGGCAGAAGACCGCUGGCAGAGGGAAGGAAGUCAGAGAGGAGGGAAACGUAGAGAGAGGGAGAAGGACCCCUCCUCCCCGCGGAGAGACGACUUCCCAUGUAGCUAGGGGUAGAGGGAGAAGCUGGCGCUCAGGAACAGUGAGAGAAGGUCUCACAAGCAAGUUACUUAAUCCCCGGAGAGCGGCGGGAAGAGGGCACAGCAGCAAUCACUGAUCAGAACCACUAUUCCCAACCCCUCAUCAUUUAACCCCCGGGCGGUUCAAUGCACUACUCCAAGCUCUUCCUAGUUUCUUCCUCGGGCUAACUUCGGAGGACGUACCGCCGGAGCGGCCCGGAGGGGAGGACAAGGGCCUCGGAAGAAGGAAGGAGAAGUUUUUUGAGGGUUGCGUGCUGAGGAGAAGAUGGGCUGGAAGCGCCGCUGUUGCUGGGGAGGCGGAGGCGGCGGGGACCUUCUCUGCCGGCUCACCCUGGUGCUGGGGUUCCUGCUGCCCGCCUGCAGGACGCGCCUCUACACCAACCACUGGGCUGUGCGGAUAACCGGGGGGCUCCCGGAGGCCAACAGGAUAGCGAGCAAAUACGGAUACGUCAAUAUAGGACAGAUUGGAACAUUGAAGGACUACUACCACUUCUACCAUAGUAAAACAAUUAAAAGGUCAGUUCUCUCAAGUAGAGGUACCCACAGCUUCAUUUCAAUGGAACCAAAGGUGGAGUGGAUACAACAGCAGGUGGUUAAAAGAAGGAUAAAGAGGGAUUAUAAACCUGGUGGUACGCAAUCCACUUAUUUCAAUGAUCCCAAGUGGCCAAGCAUGUGGUACAUGCACUGCAGUGACAACACCCACCAUUGCCAAUCAGAUAUGAAUAUAGUAGGUGCUUGGAAGAGAGGUUACACUGGAAAGAAUGUUGUGGUCACCAUCCUGGAUGACGGCAUUGAAAGAAACCACCCAGACUUGAUGCAGAAUUAUGAUUCGCAGGCCAGUUUUGAUGUAAAUGGAAAUGAUUUUGACCCUAUGCCUCGAUAUGAUGCUAGCAACGAGAACAAGCAUGGAACCCGUUGUGCUGGAGAAGUGGCAGCCACGGCAAACAACUCACACUGCACAGUAGGAAUCGCCUUUAAUGCCAAGAUUGGAGGUAUGUGAAACAAUCUCCCACAGGAAAAAAACAUGUAACCAAAGAGCCAUUUGUGCUAAAUGCUGCAUUCAGAUCUUUCUCAACAAGAGAAGGAGAUUUGUAUGAACAAGCCUCACUGUGUUACUAGUAAUGCUUAGUUGUAGAAUGUUCAUUCAAUAUCAAUACUGAAGGAGUUUGUCUGUGGUGGCCCUUCUGUAGUGCUCUCUGGAAUGCUGCCUCCCAGUACACAUCAAAAAAUAGAAAGUAAAAUUUUUGAUGAAAACAUGACCCUGGAAUUAGGACAUUGGGGUUUUCUCACAGAUUCAGAGCUCUUAAGUGAUGAACUUCAACAAACCAUGAGUACACAUCAGUAAUAUUGCCUUGCAUAUUGAUCCCAAAUGAAACACUCUCAAAACAUAAUGCAUUUUUGUUGCUUAUGAUUGGUAGGAAUACUCUUGUUAUCUCUAUGGGUGAUAAGAUUAUUGCCUGAAAAUCAAUGUUUGAUGACAUAAUUUUGUUCAUUCAGCCAAGAGGUUUCAAGUGUUUUCUGUAAAUUCUUAGUUAUUGGUGGUUCGAUUAAUGUCUUUAGCUUAGUUUGUGGCAAUGAUUAUCAAGAUGUCAUCUGCAUGUCUCCUGGGAUGUAGCCUGCCUGUGACAGACUGUAAUACUUCUAGUGAAGUUUAUUCUGAACUUUUGAUGAAAUCAUGGGAUUAGUAUAUUGGCUUUCAGCUGAAAGACUUGUAGCUCAGUCUCAUUAAUUGUUGCCUUUUGAAAUAGAUCUUAAAAUAGAGCCCAUCUGUGAAAACAGAAACAUGUUUACCUAUUUGUACAUCAGAGGACUGUUCAAAAAUAUGAUCAGGCAGAAUUGAGACCAUGUUUCCAUUAUUGAAAAUACUGCAUCUAUUCUCUGCUGGAUCAGUUUGAUCCAAAUCAAAUGU